UACUCGCACGCGGCGUUCUUCCACGAUGGGCGUUAUGCUCACACCUGCCAGUCUAAUCUUGGUUCUGACUUAUCUUUCGGAAGGUCUAUCAUGUAGGCCUUAGCUGCUUUGGAAUCUAUGGCCGCCAUACAUUUCACGGGUGGUAUCGUGUUAGGAGACUGGCGGCCACUAUAUACUGCCAGCACCGAGACCGAUAUCCGUACUAGCCUCUAGGACUUCUUUUUCAACUGCAACUCCCUCGCAAGCGUUCUCAAUGUUGUCGAAGAUAUUCGCAGACAGCCCGGAAUAUAACGCAAGGAAAUCUACGCCGCUUUCACCGACAAAGGUAACCAUAGCCGAACUUCGAGCUGCCGUGCCCAAACACCUUUUCGAGAAAAACACCAUCAAGGGGCUAGCGUAUGUUCUUCGAGAUGUUAUAUGUGCAACCGCUCUCUACAAGCUAGCUUGGCUCAUUAAACCUACCGCAAAUAGUCUCGUGACAGGCUCACGGGAUGUGCCCCAAAUCGUCGGUACUUGCUUCGAGUGGUGUGCAUGGGCGUCUUACUGGUUCUGUCAAAGCGUUGCUCUCGCGGGCUGCUGGAGUUUGGCACACGAGGCUGGGCAUGAUAAUAUAUCAUCUCAUAAGUGGGUCAAUGAUCUCGUCGGGUUCAGUCUUCAUACUUUUCUUCUGGCCCCAUAUUUCGCAUGGAGGGCUUCCCAUCGUGCUCACCACAAGGCCACUGCAUCCGUUGAACGGGAUGAGAAUUUUGUACCGCGAACUCGUAAAGACUAUGGUCUUCCGCCUGAGGUACUUGCCACUACUCGAGAUUACCACGAGAUAUUCGAGGAGACGCCAAUAUAUACCCUCGCACGGAUGUUAUUCAUGCAACUAUUAGGUUGGCAAGUCUACUUGGUGACCAACAUCUUGGGCUCUCCUCGACACCCUCCUGGAACAAACCAUUUCUUUCCCUCAUCGACACUCUUCAAGCCAAGAGAUAGGCGAGGGAUUAUUAUUUCCAAUAUUGGGAUAUCCUUCAUGGCCUCUCUUCUGUACCUCUGGUCGAAACAUGUCGGUGCCUCCAUGUUUAUCAAAUUAUAUUUUAUUCCAUACUUACUCGCCAACCACUGGAUUGUAAUGCUGACUUAUCUCCAUCACUCUGAUCCCACCGUGCCCAUGUAUCGUAGUACCCAGUGGUCGUUUGUUCGAGGCGCGACUGCUACCGUGGACAGGCCACUUCUCGGAUGGGCUGGUCGAUUCUUCCUCCACAACGUGAGCCAUGACCAUAUUUCUCACCACUUAUUUUCUUCGAUCCCAUUCUACAAUCAACCCCUUGCGACAGCUGCGAUCAAGGGGAUUUUGAAGGAGGAUUAUAAUUAUGAUUCUACGAACUCGUUCCGCGCCCUCUAUCGAACGUUUACUCAAUGCUGCUUCAUAGAAGAAGAAGGCGAUAUCGUGUUUUAUAAGAACCGGGAAGGCAAGACCGCGCGGGAACUAGCUAAAGAUGCUCUGACCUAUCCGCCGAGAGCAACUUAGGUACUUCUUGUUUCUUUCCAAUGUAAAAUUUUCAUGGUAUAGUCGCUGAAACUACAAAUGUUGAACCGGGAUUGUCAGG